CAAAAGCGUUUAGCGCCGAGUCGGACGACGACAAACUGAAAACUGUUGCUUGGGAAAAUUACAGCAGCAAAAAAAAUUUGGGCAAGAAAAAAAUCGCAAGGCAGACAAACAGCGAGUGCAAAGCGCUUUUCUAUUUUCGCCUCAAGUGCAAAACAAAAAAAAUAACGCCUGAAAUCCAACAGAGCAAUAAUAAGAAAGAACUUGACGCGUGUGGCGAAUAAAAUAAUAAUUUUGUAGUUCGUUGUGUAUGCUUGCAACAAAAUAUGUUGGCCAUCAAGGAGUGCCUCAUUCGGGAAGGUGUGCUUCAGCUGGAUGUGCCUCAGCAGCAGCAGCAGCGACACUUUCAACUGCAGUCGAGCAGAAGCAGCAAUAAUAUGGAUAUGCCACGCUAUCGCAAAACUAUUGCGGCCUCAAGUGACUUAUCUACAGCAUCCGCCACUGCCAAAACUAGCUGCCAGCAACAACAAGAAUUAUCAGACGAAUCUGCAUCCGCUCGAGUCUCGUCUCGUGGACAACAUCAGCACUUUCUUCACCAUACAACGCCCGCUUAUUAUACGGAUCUCCAGUUGCGCAUCCAUACGCCGAAUGCAUCCGAUGUGGGUGCAUUGAAUGAGAAUUAUCAGAGUGUUUAUAGCACGCCCAGCACACAGCUGGUGGAGCAGCGUUGCUUUCCCAAGAGCAACAAGAAGGUCUUGCCUGCCCCAACAACAACCAAUCAGCGUGCUUCAUUUUUUCGACUUGGCGACGCUGCAUCCACAGAGAACCCCAACAGCACAAGACGCGCACCACGCAGCAGCAGCAGCAGCAACAACAAGGAACGCUGCGCCAAAUCCUUGCCGCCCACAGUGAGCCCUACAAAAGGUGAAGAACCACCAACCCAUAACAAUCCUAUCGCCAGUCGCACUAGUAGUUGUAGUAGAUCACCUGUAGUCCCAGCUAGCUGUCCACUAGUUGUUCAACCAGCAGCAGCAGCAAAUCUUGCCAGUCGGCAUAAGCAGCGCUUCCAGCAGCGCUCUAAGCGGGCAGUUCGCGUGCGAAGCGAAUCGCGUCCGAUCAGCGCACUCUACGACAUAAUAUGCAAGGAGAAGGGCCUCGACGUAGGCGAUUCCAGCACCACAACGACGAGCAGAAGCAGAAGCAGCAGCAGCAAGAGCCACAGCAGGAGCAGGAGCCACAGCAGAAGCAACGAGGAGGAGCAAUCAACGCAAUCGAAGUUGGGCAAAAGCAACACGCUGGCGACCUUUUGGCCCUUGCAUCAUCAAUACCACCAUCACCACCAACAACAGCACCACAACCAGUACCACAGAGCUACAAUGAGCGGCACUAAUCAGCAGCAACAGGCGGCGGCGUCGACAGAUCAGCAGCUGAUCACCAAACAGAAACGCAUCCGUCUCCAACCCGAUGACCGUUCCAGUGAGGAUGAGAAUGAUGAUGAUGAUGCCAAUGAAUAUAGCUAUGCGCUGCACUCUAGUCAAAAGGUAACCAAUGUCAGUUUGGGCAAGGCCAAAUCAAUGCCGCCCACAGACUCAAUCUCGAGCUACCUCAAUCAGCCUCAGACCCAGCUGCAGACCCAGUUGGCAGCGAUGCCAACAACAGUGCCACCACCAAUGACACGCCCACGUGCUGCCAAGAGUUUGGAGCCAUGCUCAGCCUCGCAGCUGGUCUCGAGUUACCACGAAGGACAUCCGAUUAGUACGGAGGGUCCGUUUGUGGAUCCACCAAAGUUGUGCCUAACGGAACUCAAUCGACGCAUCAACAGCGACAGCAACAAAAAGCACGAAGAAUUGAAAUCAGCAAACAUGUAUGAGCAGGGCGAAGUACUUGAAACGCUCGCACGCUGGCAACAGGAGCUGUGCUCCACCAACUCCGGCAGUGAAAAGUCCUCAGCUCAUCAGCUUCUAAACGGUGCUAAUGGUCAUCAUCAUCAUCUUCAUUAUCGCGAUCAUGAGCAUGAACAUGAACUCUCUCCCGAUCAUCUGCAUCCAGUGACAGUAGAAGGUCAUUAUCAGACACAGCCUCAGUCUCAGCCUCAAUCCAAUCAUUAUCUUCAUCAUCAGCAUCACCAGGCGACAAAUGCACGCAGAUUCAUAAGUCGCACCCCACGCUCGAGUAGCCGUCAGAGCGCUGGCCACUCAUCGCCACCGCCACCGCCAGCUACCGGCUAUCACAGCGACUCAUCCAACAGUUCGACAUCAUCUCCCACACGUGCUGGAUGCAACAAGCAGGAAGUUGCCACAGCUACGGAUAUUGCCAGUGGCAGUAGCAUCGCUGCCGAUCCACAAUCAUCGGCGAACGGCAAUAGUUCCGCUUAUGAGACGGCUGCCACCACGGUGAUGACACAUGCCACACCAGCCGAGCAGUUGCAGCCACCACUUGUUAAAGUUCCUAAGAGCACAUCAUCCGUUAUCCCACGGCCUGCAUCCGGGAAUAGAGUUUCCAUUGGAAGCGCCAACAAGCGCAGCAUUCAUUUCACUUGCAACAACAACAACCACAACAACAGCAGCAACAAUAACAAUAACAACAACAGCAGCAGCAACAUCAACAGCAGCAGUCGCUUUAGUCGCAACAACAACAACACCCACGACACGCCCAUGCCGCCCCUUGCCACUGCAGCACCCAGCAGCAACAAAGCGCCAUUAAUUGUGCACAAGGCGGCAACAACAGCUGUUACAGGCACAGUUGUUUCAGUUGUGGCGACUCCGUCGUCGUCGCCUUCAGGGCGCCGCAAAAAUUUGGUGUCGUCACUGCGACUUUGUGGUAACAACAGCAACAGCACCAGCAACAACAGCAGCUAUCAUACGCAGUCACCGCAGGGCAGUCCACUCUUGAGCAGCUCCUCAUCCUCGCCCCAAUCCUCGCCAGCGGUGCGCACAACCAAAGCCAGUCGAUUGCGUGCCGCAGCGCUUGACCGCAAAAAGGAGGAAGAUCAUCAUCAGCAGCAGCAGCAACAACAGCAACGUCAGCGUUACAGUUCUCCUAGCUCCCUUAGAUUGAGCUCCACGCCGCCUGGCAGACGACUCAGCAGCUCGGAACUGUCGCCCAAGUGCAGCAACAGCAACAAUAGCAGCCACAACAACAGCGGCUUCCAUUCGGAGCCCAGCUCCAGUGGCAAUCGUCUGCCAGCGGUAAGAUCCGUCUCACAGCCAGCCUCGGACCCCGGCGAGAGGCGUCCUCUGAUUGCCACCGUCAACAACGUGUCCAUGAAGCAGAAUCUGAGCGAACUGCACUUCACGGGCGGCACUCUCAGCAGUAGUCCGCCCAAGGUGGAGUGCACGCUGCGGAUGCGACCCAGAAGCUCCACUCUGUGCACCGAGGCGGACAACGAGAUAGAGAAGGGAUGUGGUGUGGCGUCCAAGCCACGUAACAAUCUGACAAACCUGCAGCUGAGUCCAGUGCAAAAGCACAAGCGAACUCCGGAAGCCUCACCCUUGCCACGUCGCGUCGCCGAUCGCGAUAAGUCCGCCAAACGUAAAUCGAAUCUGAAUCGCUCACACAACGAGGAAGCCACCAAGGAUAGCGAUGAGGUUGCUGCGUCGACGCGAAGACGACGACGUCGCGAGUUGGGCAUGGCACGUCCCCUGAUGCCCACUGAUGGCGAUGAUGAAUCGCUGCGAGAGCUACUCCAGUCACCGGGUCACAAGAGCUCCUGCAGCGAAUCCACCUCUAAGUCAGAGUCGUUGCGUCAGGCACGCGGCAUUAGCCAGAAGCUCAAUGAGCUGACAAAAACAGAGCUGGCCGAGAUCAAGAAGAUCGCCGAACAGGUGCAGGUGACAGCUGCAGCAGCAACAGUAAGCGAGAAGUUGACAAUGUCGCCAAUAUUGCGACGCAAGAGUACGGAUGAGCUGGCUACCACUUCCACUUCCACUUCCGCUUCCGUUCCACCGGCAGUCCUAUCCACUGCUUCCACACAGAACUCACCGCCUGCACCCAAUCAGAUAGUGUCCAUACUGAAGAAGAAGGAGCACGCGUUUGGCGAGUGCAAUUCAAGUGCCUCCAGCAAUGCCUCACCGGUGACUUUCUCCGCCACGGUGCUGGACACUCCACUGCCCAACAGUCGCAGCAAACGUCAGGGCAUACUGAAGAAGCGUUCCAGCCUGGAUGAGAGUCGCUACUAUUCUCGCUCCCAUUCGCCGGAUGAGCGCAGUAUUCUAAUCAAGUCGGCGCGUCGCAAUUCACUGGAGGAAUCGGGCAGCGCACUCAGUGCUGGCCAGCAGGCACACGGCAUCCUCAAGCAGAGCAGCUAUGAUAGUGGCAAGAGCGAUGGAUGCCCCUCGGCCAAUGAGUGCCAGCCGCAUAGCAUACUUAAGAAGAAGGAUUCGCUGUCGACACCAUCAGAUGGCGGGGCACACAAACAUGUUUCCAUCUCGCAGGCCGUUACUUUGGCCGCUGCUGAGCUGGCUGCUCACGAUGGCAACGCAGGCUCACUCGAGGAUGGCGAAGAGCACGAGAUACGACCCAUCCUGAAGCAGGAAAGCACCUCCAGCGAGGAGACAGCGCGUCCGCCCAAACCCAUACUGAAGAAGAAGUCGUUUGGCGAGGCGGACGAGCACGAGAUUCGGCCUAUUCUCAAGAGCAGUCGUAAGGGCAGCCGCGAGGAGUUCGAUCUGAGUGAAUUGAGUCAAGAGGGCAAUAAUGAUGCAGUUCCCACUGCUGAGGCAAGCAGCAUGCGUCCCAUCCUCAAAACCGAUUCACCCUCGAAGCGACGUUCCCUUGGCUCCAUGGCCCAGCCACCCGAUGAGAGGCAGGGUAACAGUUCGGCCAGUCUGCUCAAGCGACGCACACGCUCCCUGGAGCGACAGGAUGUGGCGCCUGUCAUUGAUCUGGCUGCCGCCCUGGAUGCCAUUAGCAACUCCCAGUCGGCGGCACCUGUCGACGUUCAGUCGACGCCCUUAAAUAUGUCGGUCGCGGAACGCAUCAAACAAAUGGAAAUUUUGGCAGCAACUCCAACGCAAUCAUCGCAUGCCUCAGCUAGUGGUGGCAUCAACAGCAGUUGGGAAUCGCCGCUGCAGCAGACGCCACAAUCACCGCAUCCCAGUGUUGCCCCCAAGCUGCUCAAGCCCAGCGUGCUGCGUCGGGAUCUUUACAGAGAUCGCUACAAGACACAGCCUGUGACUAGUGAGGAGAAGAACUUCUUUAAAGCAAACUCCACGCCAUUUGACAUCUCGGCAACAUCGGCUUUCAAGCCCACCAUACCGCUGGACAUUCGCAUCGGUGCACAGCUUCAACAACAACACUCGCCACUUAUCUCACCCAUCACUGGACAACCAAUGAGCCACGUGCCCGCUCCACUGCUGCUCUCCUCGUCAACCCAUUCGGGCGCUGGGAGUUCGUUCCGUUUGGCACGCAGCUCCACACAGCCGCUGCAGUCGCCGCGAGUCGUCCAUCUGGCAGGUCAAGCCAGUUACUCCACUACUACUACUCCGCGGUCGACCUCCUGCUCCCAGUCGCUGGCGGGACGCCAACACUCGUUCAGUGAGAGCAGCGACCAGCAGCAGCUUACACUCUCCGUGGGCAACGACUCCGAACACAUCUUCGAGAUGUCCGGCCUGGAUAACGAUUCGUCCAUUCAAUCACUGGGCGCGGAUGCCUCUGCCUCCACAGCCACCACAUCUACAGUAACCACCGCCCAGCCGAGUGGCAUGCCCGUUGCACGCAGCAGCAGCGUUCGUGCGAGAGCCAACAUGUUCCAGCAGCUGCAGGAACAGACGGUCACUCGUCGCGAUGCGGUAGGCAGAGAGCAGUUGCCCCUCUCGCAGUCUCGCUCCUUCGCCAGCAGUCAAGGUGACAGCAGCAGCAACAGCAGCAACAGAUGCAGCAGCAACAUUUUAAACUCUUCUCGAUUUAUGGCAGGUAAAUCCGGUGAGGCUCCCAGGGGCGUCACACUGAAGUGUGGCAAGCCUGGCAUUGGUGGCAUGGGUCGCGGCUUGAUGCCCAUCGAUCUGAAUGCGGAGCUCAAGAAUCGCUUGCAGCGCUCCACACAUGCGACUGUCUCCAAUCUGCGCAAAUCGGCAACUACGGCAACUGCCGUCACUCGCAACGACGCAACCGAUGAAACCGACAACAAAAGCUCCACGCAACAAGCGCAGCGCAACCUGGCGCAAAUUUUACGCAACGUUUCCAAAGAGAAUACGACGCCAGCGUCGACAGCAGCAGCAGCAGCUGCUCAAGCGCAGCACGACGAUGCCGUUAGUUUGAUGCGCAAUCUCUCCUCGCUGGGGGCGCCGCGUGCCAACACCGAGCAAAGCUCAGCCUCUACCGGCAACAAUUGCGCCUCUGCCUCCGAGGGCGAAAGCUCUGGAGGACGCGAAAUUGAGGCGAUCAUUAAGAACAGCGCAGUUGCGCGGCGACGUCGGCAGCAGCAGCAGCAACAACAGCAGCAGCAGCAGCCAGAUGGCAAUCUCAUUGCGAAAAGCAAAAGUUACUCAGCCAUAGCGGCACCCAUCGGCAUCGGCCCCCAACAAAAACUGCCUCCCGUUGAUACAUGCGGCUUUGUCAAGUUGCGUCAUGUAGAUUACGCUAAGCCGAGCACAUCGACCAAGGAAUCAACGCAAUCGCCGCCAAAUAGACAAGAGACAACUACAGAUCUCGACAAAGCGGAAGACGAGGACAAAGAAGACAACAAUAAAGAAGACGAGGUGAGCUUUAAUUUUUAUUUACUUGCUUGACACACUCCACAUUUAUUCACCCCACUUUCCGCUUGACGUCAGGUUAUGGGUCCCGAUAAGCGGAACAACAUUGCCAAAACAGGCUCCAUUGCCGACCGCUUGGCGGCGCUGCAGAAGAGCGGCGAGGAUGACUGGAAGAAGCGCGUCAGCAAGCGCGACGAGGUCGACGAUAUUCGUCGCGAAAACUUUGUCAAUGAAUCGCUUUCUCUGGCGCACUCGAUCUCCGAUAAACCGUUGCCGCCGUCGCUCCUAAUCGUGGCCAGCAUCGAGGGCGGCAGAGUCUCGGAACGCCUGGGCAAGCUUAAGUCCAACUCGGAGAACUGGAAGCAGCGCAUAGAGCAAACGGAUGCCAAGAAGUUCACAGUCGCUGGCCGACUGCAGAAGAAGGCUCAAUCGCCAGUGGAGCUCCAGUUCGAGCGUCUGCCGAACGAUGCGCCCAAGAAGUGCCCCAUGCUGGAGGUUCGCAGCGCCAAUCAGCCGCAGCUGGGUCUGGCGAAGAGCCCUUCCAUGAUGGUAACGAACUCCAACUUGAACUUUUCGAAAUCUGCCCCAAUGCGCAGCCUGAGCGUCAAGGCUGAGGAGAAUGUGCCGCUGAGUCGGAGCAAUAGCAACAGUUCCGAAUCCGAUGGGGAACGCAACUCGCCCCACAAUGCCAAGCAGCACAAGGAGUUGGCCAAUGCGAAGAGUCAACAUGCAGCUGCCGCUUCAAGUAUGGGCGCGAGGAUUCAAGUGCCACGCGUAGAUGAUGAGGAGACGUUCAACAAAUUCUUUGCCGCCGGAAAAGCGACAAAGGUGGCAGUCAAGGAGGAGGACUUCCAGCUGGAGAUAAGCGCCUUCGAUGACAUAAAGCCUACGGAACGGCUAGUCAGCAAGCGGCACAUUCAGGGCCCCAAGGGACGGCGAGCCGCACGCAAUCCCCUCAAGACUUUGGCAGCACGCAGCGACAUUUGCUGCGAGUACACGGAACUCAAGACGGGCAUUGCCGAGCGCGAGCUGCGGCGCCUCAAGCUGGAGUCGUUUGGACAACGUAGCAACUUGGCUGCGGAGGCCAUUGCAGGCCUGGCCUCCAUCGAAGAUUUCAAGUCUGUGGCACUGAAAUCGUCAUCGCUGCCGUUACAGCAAAUGUGGCUGCCACACAAGUCGCUGAUGCUGCUGCAUGUCAAGGGACGCACUCAUGUCCAGACGCGUCUAGUGGCGCCCGUGCGGGCCUCCCUCAAUCGUGGUGACUGCUUCAUCUUGAUUACUGGAGCGCAGCUGUUCCGUUACAUUGGCUCGUUUGCGAAUGUUAUCGAGAUAUCGCGCAGCAAGAAGAUCUGUGCGGCCAUCGUUGAGAACAAGGAUCUGGGCUGCACAGCCACGCAGGAGCUAAUCCUCACCGAUGGAAAGUACGUCAACGAUCGCCAGUGGCGUAUUUUCUGGUCACUGCUUGGCGAACCAGCGGAGGAGGAGCACCAGCAGCAGCAGCCGGAGAUCGCGGACAGCGGCCAUGCGGACGAGGACGAUGUGUUCGAGAGCAGCCUAAUUGAGACGAACAAGAUCUAUGAGUUCCAGGAUGAUGCACUGCUGCCGCUGGACAAGCACUGGGGUUGCAUACCCAAGGUGGAAAUGCUGGACACCCGUAAGGUACUCGUCUUUGACUUUGGCAGCGAGCUGUACGUGUGGAACGGCAAGAAUGCGUCGUCGGAUGACAAGCGGGCGGCUUUGCGCCUGGCCCAGGAGCACUUUGAAACCACUGAUGCCGCCGACUAUGCUCAGUGCUAUCUGAAUCCGUUGAACUAUGCGGCAAUUGUGGGAAGGCGUGAGAACACCAAGUACGCCAAGCGUAGCUCUCAACGGCCCGAGUGGUGUGUACUGGGCAAGAUUACGCAGAACAUGGAGACGGUGCUGUUCAAGGAGAAGUUCAGCGAUUGGCCCGAACUGGAGCGUGAGGAUCUGGAAAAGGACUACUUGGCAAAUGGGGUGCAUGUGGUGCGUGCCCUUAACGGCGCCGCUCUGCAGAAGGGCGAACCCUACCAAGAGCCCAAUCUGGUGCUGGAGCAGGCCAAUUUGGGGCGUGGCAAUUUCUACUAUGACAACGACACGAUGCGCCACUUUGACAUCAUCAGCAAGUCGACGGACAAGUGGCAGAUCCACGAGUUUAACUUCGAUGCGGCAGAGACACGUGAAACUUACGGCCAUUUCUACUCCGAGGAGAGCUACAUUGUGCGCUGGAUCUACCAGAUCUCUGUCACAGUGCGCGAACUGAGUGGCAAGGUCUCCAAUCGGAGUACUGCCGGACGCGAUCGUUGCGUCUACUUCACGUGGCAGGGCGAGGAUUCGAGUGCGAAUGAGAAAGGCGCCGCCGCCUUGCUCACCGUAGAACUGGACAAGGAAAAGGGCGCCCAGAUUCGUGUUUCACAAGGGGAGGAGGGCACGGCAUUUGUGCGACUCUUUGGGCAGAUGUGGAAGCAUCGUGGUCGUAAGGAGCAAUGUCUUGCCCGACGAGCCGAGUGGCGUCUCUACCAGCUGCAAGGCAAUAUGGCCGAGGAAACACUGCUCCAGGAGGUCGCCUGUGAGGCACGUCAGCUGCGUUCCCGUAACUCGAUGCUUCUUGUUCACGGCGUCGAGGGUCGUGUUCUCGUGUGGCAUGGUUGCAAGACUGCCCCGCACACGCGGGCCGUCGCCUUGUCCGCUGCCCAGAAACUGACGGAGCAGCUGCCGGCGGACUUGUUUCACCAGCAGUGCACUAGUGCCACACUCGAGGAGGUGGAGGAGUGCGCAGAAAGUGAUGUUUGCAAAGCGGCUCUCAGCCUCGCUGACGACUCGGAGCGCAACUAUGGCAGUCUACUGGAAUCCAGCAAGACCUUUGAUUACACACUGCGCAUGUUCAACUUGUCAAGCACACAGGGCGUCUUCAAGGCGCACGAACUGAUGGAUCCGUUGCGCUGCCAGGAUCUGCAGAGUCCUUAUCCGUUUGCACAAGCACAGCUGUACAGUGCUCGCCAGCCGACCAUCUUUCUGCUGGACGAUGGCGACGUACUGUGGAUCUGGAUGGGCUGGUGGCCCUUGGAGGAUGUCAAGAUUAAUACCGAGGAUCGAAGCAGCCCCACCAAUGACAACCGUUCGGGUGUCAACCGUUGGAUCUCAGAGCGACGUGCCGCUCUAGAAACAGCAGUCGACUAUUGGCGUGCCAAGUACGGCGACAACGACACUGUCGCUUUCCAUGGCACGCAGGGAUACGUUGUCUGGGCGGGUCUCGAACCCUUAGCUUUCAAAGCGCUCUUCCCCGUGUGGUCCGAUCGCGAGGAUGUUCGUGAAAUCAACCUCAAGGAUGGCCGCACAGAUGACAGCGUGUCCAUCAGCGAAAUGCUUGCCCAAAUGACCCAAACCGAAUAUCCCCUGGAGGUGCUCCAGGCACGUCCCCUGCCCGAAGGCGUUGAACCCACUCGCUUGGAGCUCUACUUGAAUAUCGAUGACUUUGAGCAGGCCCUCGGUGUGACUCGUUCCAAGUUUGAGCAGCUGCCAGUGUGGAAGCAGACAAAGCUGAAAAAGGAGCGCGGUCUUUUCUAGACAAAUCUCUCUUAAAAUGUGACCAUAUAGACUUUAACACAAUCACAAAUUACUAAUUUUUGUAACCAAAUAUUUUAUUAUACUGUGAAAAAACGUA